AUGCAAUAACUUCCAUCAUUAAUACGAUAUGAAGAAAUAUAUGAUUUAGAUGUCUAGAGAUUGGAAGAGAUAUAAAUAAGUAUUAAAUCCUAAACCACAGAUGAUGUUUAAUGGAAUAAAAAAGCUAAAAAAAUACUAGAUUUAAUAGAAGUAGAACUUAAAGAAAGAUUAGCAAUUCAAAACUUCGCAUCAAAUAUUUAAUAUCAAGAUUUUAUAUAAUAACCAAUCUAUUAGAACAAUGCUCUUUAAACUAUUUUAAACGAUAUUAAAUAGAGACCUGCAAAUUAUUUGGAUUAAUAGUUUUCUAAACCACCACUUCCCAGAUAUGAAUAACCAAAACAAGAACAGCAAACAUAAUAAUCUAAUUAGUUAUAUUAACAGAGUUAUUAGAAAGUUUCACAAUAGAAAUCUUGCUAAUCUGAUGCUAUGUCUUUAAGUACUGUUACUAGAAGUAGUAAUGCCAAUACUCGAUUAUAAGCUAAGAAACCCAAUUAAAUGUUAGAAAUGAUGAAGGAAGUAUUGAAAAAGACAGAGGUUACAAAUCAAUAAUUUAUUAUCGGUGCUGCUAUCAAUCAUAGAUAUGUACCACCACCUCCUAAGCCUUAGUUAUCAACUGUUGAAAAAAUUAAACAAGAAAAAUUAUUAAGGAAAAAGAAAAAGAAAAAAACUAAAUUUGAAAAUAGUAAAUAUACUUAAGAUCAUUUACCUGAAAUUAAUUAGUAAAAGAUCAUCCCUAAAUAAUCAACAUAAUAGAAGAUGGAGGCUUCAAAUUUAUAUUCAUAAACCCCAAAUAUAUUUAAAAAUUAAAUAGAUAAUAAAAUUUCAAAUUAGAAUGACCAAGUAGACAAAGCAAAUCAACAAAUUAGUGAAAAUAAUCAAAAAUAAUAAUUAAAUAAUAAUUCUUAAGUGUCCUAAAAAUAAAUUUCAAUUAAUAACUAAUAAAUUGAUUAACAAGAUAAAAGUAAAUUAAUUGAAGACCCUAAUUAAAUGGGGAAAUAAUCAAAUAAAUCUGAUAUUAUUAUUGAAUAACUUUAGGUAAAUCAAAAUACAAAAUUUGAUAUUGAUUUGAAAGAAUCUAAAGAAUUAUAUAAUGAAUCUGAUGCUAUGCAUAAAAUCGAUAAUGUUAUCAAUGGUUAAUCAUAAAAAAUACUCUAAAUUUCUAAGAAUUAAUCUUAGGAAAGAAUAAAAGACUAAUAAAACAAAUAAUCAUAAUAACCUAUUUAGAUUUAAUUGGCUAAUACAACAUAGCCUUGUAUUUAAACUAAUAUUCCAGAAUCAAGCAAAAAUAAUUAAGCAUAAACUAAAGAAAUAACUACAUAUAAAAGACCCAGUAUUUAAUUACAAUAAACUAAAAAGAGUUAAGAAAACUUAGAUGCUGUUAUUAAUAUCCAAAAUUAAACACAAAAAUAAAUUGAAUCUUAAAAUAAAUUAGAAUAUGAAAAAAAUACCUAACAAUUAGAAAAGAAACUCGAUAAAAAUUCAGAGGUUUAAAUUAAGAAUAAUGAAGAUUCUUAGGAUUAUUAUAAUGAAGAUAGUUUUUAAUCAGAUGAUGAUAUAAAGUAAAUAGAUGUAGACAAAAUAAUUAAAAAUAAAAAUUCAAAUAAUAAUUAAUAAGUUAUCAUUCCUGUACCUUAAGAAAAGAUGACUAAGCCUCAAUAAUAAUAAAAUUAAAAAAAACCUAUAAAACCAGUUGAUUCAAUUUAAUAAAAAGAUAAAAAAUUAAAUCAGAGUGAAAAAUUAAAUAAAAAAAUACAAAAUCCUCAAAAAUAAUAAAUUUAAAAUAUGCCUACAAAUCAAAUUAAUCAUUAGGUUGUAGAGUAGAUAAAGGAAGAUGAAGGUAAUAAUAUUAAUGUUAUUUAGAAAUAAUUGAGGACUUUAUUGAAGUAGAAAGUGAUAAUGAGGUUGUUGUGCCAAUUAAACAUAAACCUCUUAAAGAAUUGGUUGGAAAAGUUAUUGGGAGAGUUGAUUAACCUAAACAUAAAGGUGUGAUUGAAAUUAAGUAAAAGCCAGUAUAAACAGAUUAAGAAAAAUUAGAGGAAAUAAAUAAUAUUUGUAAAUAGAUGGGUUUAGAUGAUUUCAAAGAUAAAUAGUAAUAAUAAUAAUAAUAAUAAUAAUAAUAAUAAUAAUAAUAAUAAUAAUAAUAAUAAUAAUAAUAAUAAUAAUAAUAAUAAUAAUAGCCUAUAUAGUAGUAAUAAUAAUAGCCUAUUUAGUAAUAAUAAUAGGUUAAUUAGUAAUAAUAAUAAUAAUAACAAAAAACUGUCUUAAAAUAACAAUAAGAUAAUAAAACUAAAAAUAGUUAAUCAAAAUAAAUUUAAAGAAUGCUUAAAUUUAUUGAUGAUAAAAAAUUAGAAGAUUAUUCAGAUUUAGUUCCUACAUUUUAAAAUUUAUUUAGUGGAUUCUUUAAUAAUUAAUCUCAUUAUAAUCAUUUAGAGGUUAUGAAAGAGAUUCACGGUGUAUUUAGUCAACAUAUUGAAAAAGUUGACAAUGUUGAUUCACUCUUAGGCAAGUACAAGUCUAGUUCCUUAGUAAUAAAUCCAAAUGAAUUAGUUUAUAUUAAUGAUCCGUAACGAUUGAUUUAAUAUUCAACUACAACUGGGGUUGACAUAUAAUAGUAUAUUUAAAGACAAAUGGUUUUUAAUAAGCGACUUUAAAAUGAUGGUACACAAUCAGGAAAAGAUGAAAGAUAUUUUAGAGUAGUGAAGACAAAAGAAGAGGUAUAUGGUAUACAAAUUUGAUAAUAUAGAUAUAAUUACUAGAUCUUUUAUGAGAAAACAAGGAUGGAGUGAAUUACCGCAUGGCAUAGGUCUCCGAACGUCUUGGAAUAUAUUGUGGACCUGGUCCAAACCAUAGAUAGAUUUGAAUAAAUUAUUCUAUUUUUAGAAAGUAAACCAUUUUCCAUUUAAUAAAAAUCUUGGAAGGAAAGAUUUAUUAAAAAAGAAUAUAGAAAGAUGUUAACGAUAAGGAGGAAAGGCAUAUUAAAUUUUUGAUAUUAUACCUGCUACUUAUCUAUUGCCUAAAGAAUAUGUUUAGUUUAUGGAGAAGUUUUAUAAAGAUUCUGAAAUAGAGGGUUAAUAAAAUAUAUGGAUUAUGAAACCAACUGGAAAAUCAAGAGGAAGAGGAAUAACAGUUCUAAAUGAUAUUUCUGAAGUAAUGUAUGCUGAACCUGUAGUAUUAUAAAAAUAUUUGAAAAAUCCUCUUUUGUUAAAUGGACGUAAAUUUGAUAUGAGAAUUUAUGUAUUAGUUACUUCAUUUAACCCAUUAGAAGUAUUUUUAUAUAAGGAAGGGUUUGCACGUUUAACAACUUAAUAAUAUAAUUUAGAAAUUAAUGAUCUUAAAAAUUAAUUAAUCCAUCUUACUAAUUUUGCAGUUUAAAAGACACAUGUUUAAAUUUAAGAUUUAGAAUAAUAAUUGGGAGGUUGUAAAAUUUCACUCAAGUAAUUAAGAGAGAAAUUAGAAACAAAAAAUAUUAAUUGGAAUCAAAUUUGGGAAUAAGUUUAAGAUAUUAUAUUAAAAUCAUUAGUAGCUUGUUAAAUAGAAAUACCAAAUAAUCCUAAUAGUUUUGAAUUAUUUGGUUAUGAUAUAAUUAUAGAUACUAAUCUAAAAUGUUGGCUUUUGGAAGUGAAUGCUUCACCAUCAUUAGAGAGAGAUUAUUUAUUAGAUGAAUUAAUUAAAUAAUAAUUGAUUGAUGAUAUUUUUGACUUACUUGAUUCUCCAAAAUAUGAUAGAUAAAGAUUAUGUGAAGUCUUAGAAAGACGAAUAUAAGAAGAACAAAGUAAUAAACCACAAAAUAAUGCUAAAUUAUAAUUGCAAAGAGAUCUUAAUUAUAUUUUAAAUGGUUAACAUAUUAGAAGAUAUGGAGAAAUGCCAAAUCAAAUGGGUGGCUUCAUGAGAUUGGCUCCAUCAGAAAAGUAUGAAAAACUUUAAUCUGUUGUACAACAUCAUAAAAUGAUUAAUGGUAGAGGGACUAUUGAUUGAU